GAAAUCUUCUGCGAAAUGAAAUGCAAGAAUGACUUGCAAAGCUGCAGAUUCCUCCUCCAAGAAAGAAAGGCAGUUCGUCGGAGUUCGGCGGCGGCCGUGGGGGAAAUACGCCGCCGAGAUUAGGGAUUCGACGAGGAAUGGGUUGAGGGUGUGGCUGGGGACUUUCGACAGCGCCGAGGAGGCGGCGUUGGCUUACGACCAAGCGGCGCUGCUCAUGCGCGGCCCGGAGACUUUCCUGAACUUGCCGCUGGCCACGGUUCGCGACUCGCUCAAAGGAAUGCGGUGCGGCGGCGACAAGGCGGCGACAUCGCCCGUCGAGACGUUGAAGGAGAGUUACAAGAGGAGGAGUAGCACGUCCAUGUUCGGAGGGAACAACAAACGAGGAUUCGACGAGUUGGAUAAUGUUUUGGUUUUAGAGGAUUUGGGUCCUGAGCUAUUAGAUGAGCUAUUAUCAGCUUCUUGAAUUGCUAAUUUCAUCAUCAGCAUCAACUGCUAAACCUACCUCGUACAAACCAAAAUGUCUAUCAUUU